UUCAACCGCGCGCGAUUCGUGCCGAUUGUGCAGGGUUGGUCAGUGUUGUGUGCGAGCGCAUCAUGCCGAUGCAUAUCUACGUUCUGCCGCCGAUAUUGCUGGUUUUGAUGAAUACGGAUCUCAUGAAGGGUCCAUGCGGGUCAUAGUUCUGUAGCGUGUUUUUAUUUUCAGUGGACACUUCGUCAAUCCUUUGUCGUCCUCAAGACAGGAAUGACCUAUGCAUAUAUACAUAUAUAUGUGCAUAUCUGCAUGUAUUCCCUCUCUCUCUCUCUCUCUCUCUCUCUCUCUCUCUCUCUCUCUCUCUCUCUCUCUCUCUCUCUCUCUCUCUCUCUCUCUCUCUCUACACUAUCAGCUAACAGAGGCGCUUCUGUGGCAUGCGAAUGAACUGAGGCAUGUUGUUUGUGAUACAAAUAUAACACAAGCUGGAAUCUCACUACACGACAAAAUUGAUGUGAGCGUUUAGUCACUAAUUGUGUUUUCGUAAACCAUGUUCCAUGUGUAGAUACAAGGUAAAUAUUUUUGCCACAACUUUCCUUUCGUCCGUUAAGUAGCUCAGGCUGGUCUUGCGUGUUGUUUCCAGAGGCACCCUGAAAUAAAUAUUUUCCUGAGCACCAAUUUUGUACAUGAUGGGUCAACCAGAUUAAGUGUGCCGGCUAGGCAUGGCCUGUUGCGUGGACAUAAACUAUAACUGAAUUGUCAGUUCUGUUAGUUCAAUUAGUUUAGUUUAAUUUGUUCAGUUAGUCCAGUAAUUUACAGUCAAUACUGAAGCCUCAACUCCACAAACUGAAGCCGAAUAGUGCUGAUGGAUUUGUACCGUGUCAUAUGUCGUCCGUGCAUCAUAUCAUGUCGCGUCUUUGAGCAACCACUGGCGACAACAGCUUCUGUUCCUUGUCGGGGAAACCCAACCGCGCAUCAUCAGGCCAAAUGUCAUCCACCGCUUGGUAGUCCACUGCAUUACAUGCUUGACCAACGGGAUGGUUCCCCGCCGUGCUGAAGCCUGACCUUUCAGAUGAUAUGUCGAUGACAAUGGCUGCAUGUGGCGUCACCAGAAUUUGCCAUGAUUGCGAGGGCUGGGUCCAAUGUUCAAAUGACUCAGCAUGGAGCUAUUUCAACAUGGCGCUGAAUGCCGGAACAGCAAGUCCCGAGGUCAUCGUGUCCUCCCCAUCCUCCCUGAUUUUGAGAAAGUGCCACCUCCCUAAGCAUUGUCGUAUUCCAGGGGCAUCCAUCGCCGUGGAAGGCGUCGCCUCCACGUACUGGACGACCUCGAGCGGCGACGACACAUCCUCCUACUCAGAUGAGGUGUGGCUCAUCAGUCAGAAGCUGACCCUGAUCAAAGAUCCAGGGAGGGACCUGAUGCCGGGUAAGCACCAGCUGCCCUUCAGCUUCCAGUUGCCGUCCCGCCUGCCGCCCUCCCUGAGCGCCUCGUACGGCAAGGUCAAGUACACCUUCCGCGCGCGAGCGGUCAGCAGCGGCCUGUUCUCUUUCAACGGCAAGGUGGACGGCAGGCUGACUGUGGCGCCCCACCGCGACCUCAACGAACACCCGCGGCUCGGCAAGCCGGUCACGCUGGAGAGCAAGACGGCCUGGUCGUUGUUCGGCCCGAGCAGCAAGCGCUUCACACUGACGAUGCCGAAGAGCGGCUUCGCGGGCGGCGAGGCAAUCGAGAUAUGGGUAGACGGCCCGCAGAGCGUGCUGGAGGCGAUGGCCAGUGGCGACGGAAGACUGAAGCUGAAGAGGCGGACCGUGUUCCGGGCCGGCGCGUUCACUCAAGAGAAGAAGCAGGUGCUGUCAGUGCUCAAGCCGGGCCGCGUCGCCGCCAGCUGGCGCGUCCUGCGGCUGCCCGUGCCCAGCGGCGAGGCUAGCGUCGAGGAGGACGUCUGCCGCAUCAUCACCGUCUCCCACUACGUCAAGGUCUCGACCGGUGGCAUUCACCUCCACGUGCCGGUGACCAUCGGGACGGUGGCGUUGAGGCCCCACUGAGCGGACCGUCCGCGGCGCGGUACCGUCCCACAGCGAGCAGACGGCCCAGCGAACUCUCUCACUUCGAACUAUGGGCUACAGUUUGUGAUUGUCCACAGCGAGCAGACGGCCCAGCAAACUCUCUCACGUCGAACUGCGAGCUACAGUCCGUGACUGCCCGCGGUUGGUGGAACCGGAAUAUGUGCCAGGACGUCUUAUCGAUGCUGGUUUUGUAUGUGUCAACGGAAGUUGAGGCGUCAAGACUGACAGACUGCGAUUUUGCUACAUGAAUGAACACGCUUGCUUCGAAGAGGAUGUGAUUUUGUUAUCCUGCGAAUCAAGAUGGCGGGUGUUAUUAUUUAUUGACUGUGUUGUAUACUGGGGUGUAUCGGCAAUUGGAGUAGUAUUUAUACAGUACGUGCGUGUAUUCCGUUUUUAUGUUAUAUUUAUAUCCGUCGACCAUUUUGUACGUGUGUAAAGACGUCUUAUAAGAAUCGAAGCCGGAGCACAAGGUCAUUGGUGGUGCUUUGCAUCUGUUUGGAGAGGGAUUCAGCCCGCAAGGGUUGUUUCAGCUCCCUCCACACUGGACCAAAAUCCCAAAUUUUUGUACCUUGUUAAGAUAUGGUCCCAACAUUUCGACGGGAUGUAUUUCUGGGAUCAGAGUCUUCGCGAUUGUGAAGCAGUGGUUGUGUGAGCCCAGACCUCACCGUUCGAUCGUGAGGCUUAAGGCCACCGGCAGCAGGUCAUCCCACCCAGAGGCCAAUAGCGAACGCCUAAGUGACUCGAACCCACCCCGCCACGGGUUUGCGAUUCGAAAGAGAUGUGCUGUAAACAACUGAGCUGCCAAAAUAGCCAUCAAAGGUCUGGACUGCGGACCUUUGGUUUAUAUCUUUAUUCGUACU